AACAGAGCAGUACUCCAUCUGUAAAAUAAAUAAAAUAAAAUAAAUACAUUAAAAUAAUGUAUGGAAAAUGCCUUGCCAUUUUACAUGUUUAAAGAACAGUAUACAGUGAAUCUUUAUGUAUCUAUCACGGAAGUUUGACAAUAACUCAACUAUGUUCAAUCUGCCCCAUCUGGAAAUCUUAUUGCCCAUAUGUAUUAAGAGAAUCCUUUGCAUGUUAUUGCUUCAAAUAUGGUCCAAAUAUAAGAAUCACUUUGGCUUUUUUCUCUCUCUCCUCACUCUUUCCAUCCCACCCACCCCAUCCUGGCUCUUUCAGUUUUUAUUUUCAGCACUGCAGCUCUGAUGGUCCAGCUCCACCAGGACGCAGAUUCCAGAUCCUUAAAGGUCAGCCUAGCACCCUGAACAGCUCAGAGGGAGGAACCAGACCAGCAGUGCCUCAUACCUUGUCAUCGUCUGCUCUAGGCAGAUGGCUCCAUAAUCACAGCUUCAUGAUGGCAAUGGGUGAGCCUCUGGUGCACAUCAGGGUCACUCUUCUGCUGCUUUGGUUUGGGGUGUUUUUGUCCAUUUCUGGCCACUCUCAGGCCAGGCCCUCCCAGGGUUUCACUUCCUCAGAAGUGGUAAUCCCUUUGAAGGUGAUCAGCAGGGGCAGAGGUGCAAAGGCUCCUGGAUGGCUCUCCUAUAGCCUGCGGUUGGGGGGACAGAGAUACACUGUCCACAUGAGGGUAAAGAAGCUGUUGUUUGCCACACACCUCCCUGUGUUCACCUACACGGAGCAGCAUGCCCUCCUCCAGGAUCAGCCCUUCAUCCAGGAUGACUGCUACUACCAUGGUUAUGUGGAGGAGGUCCCUGAGUCCUUGGUUGCACUUAGUACCUGUUCUGGGGGAUUUCUUGGAAUGCUACAGAUAAAUGACCUUUUUUAUGAAAUCAAGCCAAUUAGUGCUUCUGCCACUUUUGAACACCUAGUACAUAAGAUAGACAGUGAUGAUACACAGUUUCCACCUAUGAGAUGUGGGUUAACAGAAGAGAAAAUAGCACGCCAAUUGGAGUUGCAAUUGUCAUAUAAUUUCACUCUGAAGCAAAGUUCUUUUGUUGGCUGGUGGACCCAUUGGCGGUUUGUUGAGCUGGCGGUGGUCGUGGAUAAUGGUCGAUACCUUUUUUCUCAAAGUAAUGCAUCAAUAGUGCAGCAUGAAGUAUUUAACAUUAUCAAUAUAGUGGAUUCCUUCUAUGAUCCUUUGGAGGUUGAUGUAAUUUUGACUGGAAUUGAUAUAUGGACUUCAUCAAAUCCAGUUGCUACCAAUGUAGACCUAGAUAAUGUUUUAGAAGAAUUUGCUACUUGGAAGACUUAUAACCUUAAUAAUCGACUACAAUAUGAUGUUGCACAUCUUUUCAUAAAAGAGAUGCAAGGCGUAAAGCUUGGUGUUGCCUAUGUUAAAGGAAUAUGCCAUAAUCUUUUUAAUUGUGGAGUUGACGUUUUUGAAGACAACAGGUUGGUCAUUUUUGCAAUUACUUUGAGCCAUGAGCUUGGUCAUAAUUUGGGUAUGCGACACGACACUGAAUGGUGUGUGUGUGAGCUACAGUGGUGCAUAAUGCAUCCCUACAGACAGUUGACAACUAAAUUUAGCAACUGCAGUUAUGCCAAUUAUUGGGAUAGUACUAUCGGUAGGGGAUUAUGUAUUUACCCUCCUCCAUAUCCAGGGAAUAUCAUUAGACUGAAGUACUGUGGGAAUCUAGUGGUUGAAGAAGGAGAGGAAUGUGACUGUGGAACCACACAGCAGUGUGCAGAAGAUCCCUGUUGUCUGUUAAACUGUACUCUAAGUCCUGGAGCUGCUUGUGCUUUUGGAUUGUGUUGCAAAGACUGCAAAUUUCUGCCACCAGGGACUUUAUGUAGACAACAAGUUGGUGAAUGUGACCUUCCAGAGUGGUGCAAUGGGACAUCCCAUCAAUGCCCAGAUGAUGUGUAUGUGCAGGACGGGAUCUCCUGUAAUGUCAAUGCCUUCUGCUAUGAAAAGACAUGUAAUAACCAUGAUAUACAAUGUAAAGAGAUUUUUGGCCAAGAUGCAAGGAGCGCAUCUCAGAGUUGCUACGAAGAAAUCAACACCCAAGGAAACCGUUUUGGUCACUGUGGUAUUGUAGGCACAACAUACGUAAAAUGUUGGCCCCCCGAUAUCAUGUGUGGGAGGGUUCAGUGUGAAAAUGUAGGAAUCAUUCCCAAUCUGAGGGAGCAUUCUACAGUGCAGCAGUUUCACCUCAAUGACACCACUUGCUGGGGCACUGAUUAUCAUUUAGGGAUGUCUAUACCUGAUAUUGGUCAGGUGAAAGAUGGCACAGUAUGUGGUCCAGAAAAGAUCUGCAUCCAUAAGAAGUGUGCCAGUGUGGUUCAUCUGUCACAAGCCUGUCAGCCUCAGACCUGCAACAUGAGGGGAGUCUGCAACAAUAAACAACACUGUCACUGCAACCGUGAAUGGGCACCUCCCUACUGCAAGGACAAAGGCUAUGGAGGUAGUGCUGAUAGUGGCCCACCUCCUAGGAACAACGUGGAAGGAUUAAAUGUGAUGGGAAAGUUGGGUUACCUGUUAUUAUUGUUCCUUCUUCCUUUGAUUCCUUUUUUAUUAUAUUGCUUACUUGUGCUUUUUAAGAAACGUAAAAAAAGUAAAAAAGAUGAAGAAUAAGAGAAAUGGGAAAAAGGAGACUACGCCUCAUACUUCAUUGUUGAAUCUCCAAUUUUUCUUUUAAUAAUAGAAAAAUAUGAAGGCAUGUCUUACUGUUUAAACAAAACUUCAUGGACAUUUCAUGUCAGGAUCACAAGCAUUAGAUAUCACAGCAAAGGAUUCCUAGCAUAUUCUUACUUCUCUAUGGUGUCUUAAGCAAUAUUAAAGGUUCAUUUUCCCAGAAGUCAUCUCUUUAUGUUUCCUGAGAAAAGGCACAGAAAAGAUAGUCUUGUACUGGUGUCCCUCAGUUCUAACCCUCCCCCUUUUUUUUUGUUUUUUGCUAUACUAUGUAAUGUUCAGGAUGUGCCUACACACCUCAUUUCUGUUUGGCAUAUUUAGCUAUGCUAAAAGGGGGCAGUAGAAGUAGCCUGGAGUGAUGAUGAGGGAGAAGGGAGCUUUCUUUCCUGUGUGCUUACCAUGAAUGUCACCAUUAUUUUGGCUGGGGCCAUUCGCUCUGGUAAUCACAUUUGGCUUCAGAUUCCAGUUCUGUUGUCACUUUUAGAACCCCUCUCAUUUUUCCUCAGAAAUACCAGCAGCAGCCCUGGAGUGAGCAGGGCUGUGGUCCUCUGACUUCUUAAGGCAGCAGCAGCUGUUCACUGUGCUGUCUUUAGAGGCCUGGGUCCUUACUCUGCAGGAAAUGUUCUUUAAUCAUCUCCACUCUAGUAAACCUAACUUCUUUUUUCUGCUCUCCUGGCCCUAGGAAUGUUAGGUGCCUUCUGUAGCUACUUUGUUGUUGUAGGUUGAGUUCUCUGGAAGCAAACACUGGAUUGGAGUUUCAAGUACAAGAUUUUGUUAGGGACCAACAGCUGUGAAAAAAGUCAAGGAAGUGGGUUGUACAGAUGAGAUGUAUAAGUACAGGCAUAACUUGGAAUAAUAUAGGUUUAGUUCCAGACCACUGCAAUAACAGGAAAAUCACAAUAAGGUGAGUCACACAAAAUUUUGGUUCCCCAGCACAUAUAAAAGUUAUAUUUAUGCUAUACGGUAAUCUAUUAAGUAGUCAAUAACAUUAUGUCCAAAAAUGCAAUGCCUUAAUUAAAAACACUUUAUCGCUAAGAAAUACUAACAAUCAUCUGAGCCUUUAGUGAGUCAUAAUGUUUUUGCUGGUGGAGGGUCUU